AUGAGAAUUUUUCGACAAGCUUUCGAAUAAUUAGGUGGUAGCAGAUCACGCACUAAGUCUGAUCCUCGUUAAUAAGAAGACAUGUGCAUAGUACCACCUGAGGAAUAUUUCAAGUAGGAUCGCCCUCAACCACUUACAAGACAAUUUUUCACAAUGCUGUCUACUCUUGAAUAAAAAAUAGUUAAAGAAUGCACUAUUGAACGUGUUAAUCAAGUAGUGCAAAUGUAUUAGCAAUGCAUAGAGUUUUAUGACAGUCGAAAAGAUGACAUCAAGUACUACUUUGUUGAUAAAAUCUAAAAUGCACUUUAUGAAAUGUAAUAAAUCAGCUGCCUAAAGACUCGGCUUGUUACUGAAGUACAAUCACCUGUUAACUAAAAAAUCAAUAAUCUAUCACCUAUUCUAAUAGAGGAAGAUGAACAUUACAUUCGCAAUAAAAAAAAAGAAAAAUCUAUUAAGCUUGCAAUUUAAGAAUAAGUAAUUUAGGUUGUAAAAUAUCAACCAGAAAAGGUUCAAGGCAUGGUAGACGAGUAUCAUGAGAAGCUAGAUUAACAUGCGUCUCUGAUAAAAAAGAGUGUCAAUUAACAAGAACAUUAGUUUAAUGAACGUUUGAGAAAGAGAAGUAUAAAUAAAAAAUCCCUAUAACGGUGCAAUUCUAGUGGUCUAUUGGAUUAAAAUUAAUGACUUUAUGUUUAUAUAUAUAUAAUUCAAAAACAUCCUCAUAUC